AUGUCGCUCCGACCGUCCCAGGCCGGAAUAGACGUCCUGCGCCGGGCGCUCCGCCCGUGUCGCGGACCCGCUGCGCCCCUCCUACGAUACCCCGCACGCUCCUUUGCAACAACGAGUUCGCGCCACUGGCUCUUCAGCAGGAAGAAGGACGAGCAGCAGCCCGCUCCUGUUCCCGCUGCCAACCAGGGCAUUGACGCUGAUGCCGUCGACCACGCCGUUCCCCCGACAGAGUUCCAGGAGAAGAUUGCCGGCCUCGAGACCCGCGCCCUCGAGAGCCGGGACUCGGACGACCCUCAGCCCCAGAUCGAGCUCAUGGAGGCUCUCCGUGACGGAAACGAGAGCAACGGCCUGAUCCGAUACUAUGAGCAGGUCGCGCUCGCGCCCGGCGAGCACUUCUCUCCGGCUCUGCUCAAGAGCGACGAGGCGUUCGAGCUCUACUCGCACGCUCUUGCCACCACUGGCCGCCUCAGCGAGCUCUCCUCUGCUGUCCGCAAGCGCGACCAGCGCUUGAAGGACGAGGGCCUUGAGCACGACGGUUCCACCUCGUCCGCUUCGGCUGCCCAGCCCGCUUCCUCGGCUCCUGCUUCGACUCCGGCCCCUGCUUCAACCACGGCUUCCUCGACUUCAACUACGGCUCCUGCUGCUGCUUCUGCCACCGCUUCCUCCGCCCCGACUGCUUCCAGCCCCGGAUCAAUCCUGACCAACGCCGCGCAGCGCCUGACUGGCUCCGCCCAGCCGGCUCAGCAGGCCACGUCUACGACCUCGUCCGACAACAAGAACCAGUCCAACGCCGGCACGCCGUUGAACCCGAUUCAUGUGCAGCUCGCGGCCGCGACGCCCGCCCACAGCAUGUGGCGCGGUAUCCGCUGGCUGCUCGGUCUGAUCUUCUGGUCCUUCCUCGCCCUCACUGUCUUCUCGAUGUUCAUGGAGAACGCCGGUCUCAUGAAGGCCGGUCCCGGCCCGGCUGAGUUCCAGCCCGAGGAAGGCAAGACGGUCAAGUUCUCCGACGUCAAAGGAUGCGAGGAGGCCAAGCAGGAGGUGCAGGAGAUUGUCGAGUUCCUCCGCAACCCCGAGAAGUUCUCCAAGCUCGGCGGAAAGCUCCCCAAGGGCGUCCUCCUCACCGGCCCGCCGGGUACUGGUAAGACGCUCCUCGCGCGCGCCAUCGCCGGCGAGGCGGAGGUGCCCUUCUUCUUCGCUUCCGGAUCUGCCUUCGACGAGAUGUUUGUCGGUGUCGGUGCCAAGCGCGUGCGCGAGCUCUUCAAGGCUGCGCGCGCCAAGGCUCCCGCCAUUGUUUUCAUUGACGAGCUCGACGCCAUGGGCGGUAAGCGCUCGGCCCGCGACCAGCAGCACAUGAAGCAGACGCUGAACCAGCUCCUCGUCGAGCUGGAUGGCUUUGACGAGUCGGACGGCAUCAUUGUUGUCGCUGCUACCAACUUCCCCAAGUCUCUCGACAAAGCUCUCACCCGUCCUGGCCGUUUCGAUCGCCACGUUGCCGUUCCCCUGCCCGACGUGCGUGGCCGCAUCGAGAUUCUGAAGCACCACAUGCAGAAGAUCCACUACGGUUCCGACGUCGACCCCAAAGUCAUCGCCCGCGGUACCCCCGGCAUGAGCGGUGCCGACCUCCGCAACCUCUGCAACCAGGCUGCGAUCAAGGCGUCGCGCGACGGUGCUCACUCGGUCUCUCUCAAGGACUUUGAGUGGGCCAAGGACCGAAUCCUCAUGGGCGCGGAGCGCAAGUCGACCUUCAUCCCCGAGGACGCCCGUCUCAUGACGGCGUACCACGAGGGGGGCCACGCUCUCGCGGCGCUGUACACCCCCGGCGCCGACCCGCUGCACAAGGUCACGAUCAUGCCCCGCGGCCACGCGCUCGGCCUCACCUUCCUCCUCCCCGAGGCGGACAAGUACUCGACGACGAGGAAGGAGUACCGCGCCAAGUUGGACGUGGCGAUGGGCGGCCGCGCAGCCGAGGAGCUGAUCUACGGCCCCGACGAGGUGACCUCGGGCUGCGCCAGUGACCUGCGCAACGCGUCCUACUGGGCGGACGCCAUGGUGCGCUCCUUCGGCAUGGGCGGCGAGAAGGUUGGCCUCGGUAUCCAGGAGCACGGCAAGAUGAGCGGGCCGAAGCGCCUCGCCGUCGAGCAAGAGGUCGACAACCUCCUGAACGGCUCGAUGCGGCGCGUCAUGCGCCUCCUCAUCGGGCACGAGCAGGAGCUGCACCGCCUCGCAAAGGCGCUGGUUGAGUACGAGGAGCUCGACCACAGGGAGGUGAUCAAGGUGCUGCGCGGGGAGAAGCUCGACCGCGAACCGCCCAACAAGGGCGCGAGGCUCCAGGGCCAGUCGGAGAAGAGGCGCUCGAUCCACCGUCCCCUCCGAUUCCCGAAACCGGCGGGCGAGACGCCACAGCAGCCUGGCGGUGGCCCGCCCGAGGGCGGGAUCAGGCCCGACCCAAGGCCCGACAUCAACCGCCCGCCCAAGCCUGCACCGGCGCCCGAGCCGGUCCUCCCCCAGCCGACGCCCGAGGCCGCCGCGCCGCAGCCGCAGCCGGUGCAGCGCGUCGAGUAG